CCCAACUCUUCACCGGGAGCAGGUUGGAGGCUGGAUUUCCGAGAGACUCUGGAUUGGGGUCCGUCGCCAGCCCCUCCUCCUGGAUCCGAUUUGAUUUUCAUAUUUUAAAAGAGGAUUUUCUUAUUACCUUUGAACACUCCUGACAAUUUCUGGAGGAGCUCGCUGGGGAAGAUUUUGGGGGAUCUUAUUUUUAAGGGGAAAAGAAAAGCACCGAAGGGGCACUUAUUAAUUUUUCUUGCGUUUGGACUCACCCUGUGGAGGAGAGAGCGAGCGAUCAGAGCCAGGAGGGAAGAGUAGAGAAGAGCAGAGAGGCGCGCCAGCCUGAGCCACCUCCUUCCUGGCCGCCCCCUCCCCACUCCCCCGACACACACUCGCUAGCUUGCUCGUCGGCGCUCGCACACCCCCCGCGCCGGACCCGCACCUCGGCGGGCGCCACACACUCGGCAGCCCCAGCCGCGGCAGCCGCAGCGGGAUGGAGGCGGCGCGCACAGAGCGCCCGGCAGGCUGGCCCGGGGCGCCCCUCGCCCGGACCGGGCUCCUGCUCCUGUCGACAUGGGUCCUGGCCGGUGCUGAGAUCACUUGGGGCACGACGGGCGGUCCUGAGCACCUCUCGGCCCCGGCUUCGCCGUCGCCAGCGCUGUCUCCUCUUUCGCCGGGGGCAGUGGCAAGCCAGUGGCCGGAGGAGCUGGUGACGGCGCUGAGAGGCGCUGCACUGGGACGCCGGCCCGGACCAGAGCAGCAGCCCCAGCCAGGCGGUGGCAGCGGCGGGAAGAAGCAGGGAGAAACCAGGGAGCUGUCACCCGCAGGCGCACGGUGGGGACAGGGCAUCUCGGCUUCUGGCAAGCCUAGCGGCGCGAGGAGGAGUCGCCGGGCGCAGCCCCCCAGUGCCCUGGAACGCGGGGACGCCCGGUCCACUGUUUUAGCCGAUGGUUCCAAAGGAAGCCGCCCUCUGGCCAAGGGUCUCCGGGAGGAAGUGAAGGCGCCACGGGCUGGGGGGUCGGCGGCUGAAGAGCUCAGGCUACCUAGCACCUCAUUCGCGUUGACGGGGGACUCGGCCCACAACCAAGCCAUGGUGCACUGGUCGGGACACAACAGCAGCGUUAUACUUAUCCUGACGAAGCUGUAUGACUUCAACCUGGGAAGUGUGACUGAGAGUUCACUUUGGAGAUCCACGGAUUAUGGCACCACCUAUGAAAAGCUGAAUGACAAAGUGGGUUUGAAGACUGUCCUCAGUUACCUCUACGUCAAUCCUACCAACAAAAGGAAGAUCAUGCUUCUUGGUGAUCCUGAAAUAGAGAGCAGCAUAUUGAUCAGCUCAGACGAGGGUGCGACCUAUCAGAAAUACCGGCUCACCUUCUACAUCCAGAGUCUGCUCUUUCAUCCCAAGCAGGAGGACUGGGUGCUGGCCUACAGCCUGGAUCAAAAGCUCUACAGCUCCAUGGACUUUGGGAGACGGUGGCAACUCAUGCAUGAACGCAUCACCCCCAACAGGUUUUACUGGUCGGUGGCUGGACUGGAUAAGGAGGCGGACCUGGUACACAUGGAGGUGCGGACGGCAGAUGGAUAUGCUCACUACCUCACCUGCAGGAUCCAGGAAUGUGCUGAGACUACUCGAAGUGGGCCUUUUGCCCGCUCCAUCGACAUCAGUUCCCUGGUCGUCCAGGAUGAAUAUAUCUUCAUUCAGGUUACAACUGGUGGAAGAGCCAGCUACUACGUGUCUUAUCGGAGAGAAGCCUUUGCUCAGAUAAAGCUGCCGAAGUACUCGCUGCCGAAGGACAUGCACAUCAUUAGUACCAAUGAGAACCAAGUGUUUGCAGCAGUCCAGGAGUGGAACCAGAACGACACGUACAACCUCUACAUCUCAGACACCCGUGGGAUCUACUUCACCCUGGCCAUGGAGAACAUUAAGAGCAGCCGAGGUCUGAUGGGAAACAUCAUCAUCGAAUUGUAUGAGGUAGCAGGUAUCAAAGGGAUAUUCCUGGCAAACAAGAAGGUGGAUGACCAGGUGAAGACAUACAUCACUUACAACAAGGGCAGGGAUUGGCGCCUACUGCAAGCUCCAGAUGUGGACCUGAGAGGAAACCCUAUACACUGCCUGCUGCCCUUCUGCUCCCUACACCUGCACUUGCAAAUCUCCGAAAAUCCAUAUUCUUCAGGAAGAAUCUCCAGCAAGGAGACGGCUCCCGGGCUGGUGGUGGCUACAGGCAAUAUUGGUCCAGAGCUCUCCUAUACUGAUAUCAGUGUGUUCAUCUCUUCUGAUGGGGGCAACACAUGGAGACAGAUCUUUGAUGAAGAGUACAAUGUCUGGUUCCUAGACUGGGGUGGCGCCCUCGUGGCCAUGAAACACACACCUCUGCCAGUCAGGCAUUUGUGGGUGAGUUUUGAUGAAGGCCACUCCUGGGACAAGUGUGGCUUCACUUCACUUCCUCUCUUUGUCGACGGGGCUCUGGUGGAGGCCGGCAUGGAGACGCAGAUCAUGACAGUUUUUGGCCACUUCAGCCUCCGCUCCGAAUGGCAGUUGGUGAAGGUGGACUACAGAUCUAUCUUCAGCCGGCGCUGCACCAGGGAGGACUAUCAGACCUGGCACUUGCUCAAUCAGGGGGAGCCUUGCGUCAUGGGAGAGAGGAAAAUAUUCAAGAAACGCAAGCCAGGAGUUCAGUGUGCCCUGGGCCGAGACUCCUCGGGGACGGUGGUCUCAGAACCCUGCGUCUGUGCCGACUGGGACUUUGAAUGUGACUAUGGCUAUGAGAGACAUGGAGAGAGCCAGUGUGUCCCAGCUUUCUGGUACAAUCCCGCAUCCCCAUCAAAGGACUGCAGCCUUGGUCAAAGCUACCUUAACAGCACUGGGUACCGGCGGAUUGUAUCCAAUAACUGCACGGACGGACUGAGGGAGAAGUACACCGCCAAGGCCCAGAUGUGCCCCGGAAAAGCCCCUCACGGCCUCCACGUGGUGACGACCGAUGGACGCCUGGUGGCAGAGCAGGGGCACAAUGCGACUUUCAUCAUCCUUAUGGAGGAGGGUGAUCUCCAGAGGACAAACAUUCAGCUUGACUUCGGGGAUGGGAUUGCAGUGUCCUACGCUAACUUCAGCCCCAUCGAGGAUGGCAUCAAGCACGUGUACAAGAGUGCGGGGAUCUUCCAGGUGACAGCCUAUGCAGAGAACAGCCUGGGCUCGGACACAGCCGUCCUCUUCCUGCACGUGGUCUGUCCUGUGGAGCAUGUGCACCUCCGAAUUCCGUUUGUGGCCAUCAGAAAUAAGGAGGUCAACAUCAGUGCAGUCGUGUGGCCCAGCCAGCUGGGGACCCUGACCUAUUUCUGGUGGUUCGGCAAUAGUACAAAGCCCCUCAUCACCUUGGACAGCAGCAUUUCCUUCACAUUCCUAGCAGAGGGGACCAAUACCAUCACUGUCCAGGUGGCUGCUGGGAAUGCCCUUAUCCAGGACACGAAAGAUAUUGCAGUUCACGAAUACUUCCAGUCCCAACUCCUGUCAUUCUCUCCUAAUCUGGAUUACCACAACCCUGACAUCCCUGAGUGGCGGCAAGACAUUGGCAAUGUUAUCAAGCGGGCUCUGGUGAAAGUAACCAGUGUCCCGGAAGACCAGAUCCUAGUCGCUGUGUUCCCUGGCCUCCCCACUUCAGCAGAGCUCUUCAUCCUUCCCCCGAAGAACUUGACAGAGAGGAGGAAAGGCAAUGAAGGGGACCUGGAGCAAAUUGUAGAGACGCUGUUUAAUGCUCUAAACCAAAACUUGGUCCAGUUUGAGCUGAAGCCAGGGGUUCAAGUCAUUGUGUAUGUCACACAGCUGACAUUAGCCCCACUGGUGGACUCCAGCGCUGGGCACAGCAGCUCGGCCAUGCUUAUGCUCUUGUCAGUGGUGUUCGUCGGCCUGGCUGUGUUUUUGAUCUACAAGUUUAAAAGGAAAAUCCCUUGGAUUAACAUCUAUGCUCAAGUCCAGCACGACAAGGAGCAGGAGAUGAUUGGGUCAGUGAGCCAAAGUGAAAACGCCCCCAAAAUCACACUCGGUGACUUCACCGAGCCCGAGGAGCUGCUGGACAAAGAGCUGGACACUCGGGUUGUAGGAGGCAUUGCCACCAUUGCAAACAGCGAGAGCACAAAGGAGAUCCCCAACUGCACUAGUGUUUAAGACCAACAAGCCACGUGGUCAACCAUCUCUCUGACUUUUUAUUUUUGAUGAUCACUGUUACUCUUAUUACGGAAAAAAAAAAAGAAAAUGUCUUUUCUUACCUUUUGUUUACCAAGGGCCCCUUCCUAAAGAGCAGGCAGAGGCUUCGCUUUGGGAGGAGAAGGCAUUCUUAGCUGAUGAAAAUGAGAUAAAAAGAAUACAUGGCUGUAUUUGUGCUGAGGGUAAAGGGUGCUUCUUCCCAUGGCUUUCUUGCUUCAUUCUGCCAUUGACAGUGCCAGGAACCGCUUUUUCCUUGUAGUCUCUCUUUUUUUUAAGUUGGUUGGCUUUCCACUAACCUCCCAUUCCCUGCCCACUGCCACCCAACAUCACCAACGCCUGCCCCCUCCUACCCAGCACACACCCCUAAAACAGAAACCAUUUCCCAGUUAGAUCUGCCAGAGGUAGGUUGGUGGGGAGUGAAUGUAGCUGCAGAAAGCGUGCACAUCUGUACGGAAGAGGCCCUGCCUCGUGCAUGUCCAUUGCGAGGCUGUGGAUGGCUUAUUGUAUAUAAUUCCAGUGUAAAUAGCUUUUUAUUUCCUGAGAAAUAAUUUAAUGUUUAGUAAAAAAGAAAACUGAAAAAAAGAAAAGAUGCGUCUGUUGGCUUAUGCACUCACCCUCAGAGCUGACCAAGCCCCAGGCCUGCUUGACGUGACGCAUUGGGUUCUGGAUGCCCUCCAGUUGUCUGUCACACUUAACUCUUGCAUCUCUAUGUCUGCACCAUCACUGGUUUCUCCUUCUGUAUAUAAAGGGGGGAGGGGGGAGGGCUUCUCUGGGACAACUGGUAAAGGAAGGACUAGAGUGACAUUGGAGAACGUGGGGGUCUUUUUACCCCAUCAGUGACAUGGAAGAAGUUGCGAGACGAUGCCCAUGAGAGACUUCACAUGGAGACUCAGGUGGGGAAACCAGGCUUCCCCUCUGAAGGGAUGAAUUUCAGGAUAGGUAUCAGCCUGAAA